CUCUCUCUCUCUCUCUUGCAGGAGAUGAUGAUGAUGCUGGGGAUGAUGUUGGCAGCGCGAGCAAAAUAGCGAUCUCUCUGGAUACGCGGUGCGAAUCUUCGACGCAGCUGAAAAAAGAUCAAAGCGAAGUGUUUCGUUUCCAGCCUCAAGAGGAAUAAUAAUCACAAUAAUAAUAAUUAUUAUUAUCAUAAUAAUAGAAUAAAAGACUGCUUCGAGGUUGAUUGCGCGCGGCUUGACAAGCAAGAUGUGGUAUGAGUGUCAGAGGAGAACUCCAUGGCUCUGAGGUGUGUCAGACUGUACCCUAGUAGCCAUUCGGAGCAGAGGUCAAUGGGGUCACGGGGGGUCAUGUGGGCAACACAUCUAUUCUUCCUCUUCGCCUUCUUCACACCUGUUACGCUGGUGUUGAGUCGCGCGCCUGUGCCCAUGGCCGUGGUUCGCCGCGAGCUCUCGUGUGAGGGUUACCCCAUCGAGCUGCGUUGCCCGGGCACUGAUGUCAUCAUGAUUGAAAGUGCCAACUAUGGACGCACAGAUGACAAGAUUUGUGACUCCGACCCCGCUCAGAUGGAGAACACACGCUGCUACCUGCCUGACGCCUAUAAGAUCAUGGGCUUUAGGUGUAAUAACAGGACCCAGUGCGCAGUGGUUGCAGGCCCAGAUGUUUUUCCCGAUCCGUGUCCUGGAACAUACAAAUACCUGGAGGUUCAGUAUGAGUGUGUGCCAUACAAAGUGGAACAGAGAGUCUUCCUAUGUCCAGGCAUUCUGAAGGGCGUGUACCAGAGCGAACAUCUCUUUGAGUCGGACCACCAAUCUGGCUCGUGGUGCAAAGACCCGCUGCAAUCGUCCAAUAAGAUAUACUACAUGCCGUGGACACCGUAUCGCACCGAUACCCUCACCGAAUAUUCGUCCAAAGAGGAUUUUAUCGCAGGACGUCCCACCACUACUUACAAACUCCCGCAUCGGGUUGACGGCACCGGCUUUGUCGUGUACGACGGCGCAUUGUUCUUCAACAAGGAGCGCACGCGCAACAUCGUCAAGUUCGAUUUGCGCACCCGCAUCAAAAGCGGCGAGGCUAUUAUCGCCAACGCCAAUUACCACGAUACAUCUCCUUAUCGCUGGGGAGGGAAGUCCGACAUCGACCUGGCUGCUGACGAAAAUGGCCUGUGGGUGAUCUACGCCACGGAACAGAACAACGGGAAAAUCGUCGUAAGUCAGCUCAACCCGUACACGCUCCGAAUCGAAGGGUCAUGGGAUACAACGUACGACAAACGAUCUGCCUCCAACGCCUUCAUGAUCUGCGGAGUCUUGUAUGUCGUGAAGAGUGUGUAUGAAGAUGAUGACAACGAAGCGUCAGGAAAUAAAAUCGACUACAUGUAUAGCACGGAGAAAAGUCGCGGAACGAACAUCAACAUCCCGUUUCCAAAUUCCUACCAAUACAUCGCAGCAGUGGACUAUAACCCAAGAGACAAUCUACUCUACGUGUGGAACAAUUACCAUGUCGUUCGAUACUCCCUGGAUUUUGGCAACAGUGACAACCGCCUUAAUUUCGAUCAUCCAUCCUCAGUGUUGCUUCCGGACCAGCUCCCACCUGCACGGAGCUCCACCUCCCGUCCACAUCCUUACACAGGGACACUCCGCCCCCUCAUUACUACAACCACUACUACGACCAUGGCACCGCCCCGUCGCCGCGAUGAUGACAACUUCCUCCCGGAGGCGCUGACUCUUCCCCCCUUGAUGGCCCGGACGCCACCUAUAAUUGACUACUGCCCUGCACGUAUGUCAGCUGAGCUCUCGUGGCCUCAGACUCACCGGGGGCAUGUUGCCAAGCAACCGUGCCCACCCGGCACCAUCGGUGUGGCAACAUACACCUGUGUGAGGGGCUACUGGGACCCAAAGGGCCCUGACAUGAGCAACUGCACCUCACCAUGGACCAAUCAUUUUACCCAGAGAAUGAGGUCAGGAGAGACAGCCGCCAUCAUAGCUCGUGAGUUAGCAGAGCAGACGAAGACGGCGGUGCUGCGUCCGGGAGACGUUCCGUCCACAGUCAGAGCCAUGGCCCAGCUGGUGGAGCUUUUAGACGUGCAGCUGAGGAACCUGACUCCUGGUGGGAAAGACACAGCAGCACGCAGCCUUAACAAGCUUCAAAAGAGAGAACGCUCGUGCCGAUUCUUCAUUCAGGCGAUGGUGGAGACGGUGAAUAACCUGCUGUGUGGGCGCGCUCAGGCUGCAUGGAAGGCGCUGUCAGUGAUGGAUCAGCUGCGCUGUGCCACCAUGCUGCUGGACACAGUGGAGACGGCUGCCUUCAUGCUCGCUGACAACCUGCUCAAGACCGACACCAUCCAGGAGAACACUGACAACAUCCAGCUGGAGGUGGCACGGCUCAGCACUGACAUGAUGCAGACAGAUCUGAGGUUCCCCCAGUCAGACGCUUCAGGAAACUUUAUCCAGAUUCCAGUUAAAACUCUGAAACAGCAAGGACGCAACGGUGAGAUCCGUAUUGCUCUGGUUCUAUAUAGGAAUCUGGGUCAGUAUUUGUCCACAGAGAAUGCGAGUGUGCGACUGGGAAGCGAAGCUGCUUAUCCCAACUACUCACUCAUCGUCAACUCGCCUGUAAUAACCGCAGCCAUAAACAAGGACAGCAACAAAAUCUACUUGUCUGAACCUGUUCGCUUCGUCGUCAGCCACUUGCAGAAGUCAAAGUCAAACUUCAACCCAAACUGCUCAUUCUGGAGCUACUCCAAACGCACCAUGACGGGCUACUGGUCUACGCAGGACUGCAGGCUUGGUGACACUAACAGCACACACACCUCCUGUUCCUGCACACAUCUGACCAACUUUGCCGUGCUCAUGGCUCAUGUAGAGGUCAAGAAGACAGAUCACAAUGAAACCACCUUGCUGGAUAAGAUCACAUGGGUGGGGAUUCUGCUCUCACUUGUCUGCCUGCUCAUCUGCAUCUUCACCUUCUGCUUCUUCCGUGGCCUGCAGAGCGACCGCAACACCAUCCACAAGAACCUGUGCAUUUCGCUGUUCAUCGCGGAGAUGCUGUUCCUCGUUGGAAUCUACCGAUCGGACCAGCCUAUUGCUUGUGCAGUGUUUGCCGCUCUGCUUCACUUCUUCUUCUUGGCCGCAUUCACAUGGAUGUUUCUGGAAGGUGUGCAGCUCUACAUCAUGCUGGUGGAAGUCUUUGAGAGCGAGUACUCUCGGACCAAGUAUUUCUACCUCACCGGCUACGGUGUACCCGCGCUCAUCGUGGCUGUUUCAGCUGCUGUUGACUAUCGCAGCUACGGCACGAACCAUGUGUGCUGGCUGCGGUUAGACACCUACUUCAUCUGGAGUUUCAUUGGCCCUGCUACGCUCAUUAUAAUGCUAAAUGUGAUCUUCUUGGGCAUCGCACUUUACAAGAUGUUCCACCACACUGCUAUUCUGAAACCUGACUCCGGUUGCCUGGACAACAUCAAAUCAUGGGUGAUUGGUGCUAUCGCCCUGCUGUGCUUGCUCGGCCUGACUUGGGCUUUUGGUCUCAUGUACAUUAAUGAGAACACGGUGAUUAUGGCAUACCUCUUCACCAUCUUUAACUCGCUGCAAGGGAUGUUCAUCUUUAUUUUCCACUGCAUUCUGCAGAAGAAGGUGCGGAAGGAGUAUGGCAGGUGCCUUCGUACACACUGCUGCAGUGGAAAGAGUGUAGAGUCAACCAUUUCAACCUCCACCAAGACCAACACAGCGCGGACACCUGGACGCUACUCUACGAACUCUCAGAGCCGCAUUCGGAGGAUGUGGAACGAUACGGUGAGGAAGCAGUCUGAGUCGGCUUUUAUCACGGGAGAUAUCAACAGCUCAGCCACUCUCAACAGAGGUACCAUGGCUAACCAUCUCAUCUCUAACGCCUUGUUGCGUCCUCAUGGCACUAACCCUUAUAACACAUUGCUGGGAGAGUCUUCAGUGUACAAUAACCCCUCUGCAAACAUGUUCAACACACAAGCCUCCUACAGAGAUUCAAAAGGCAUGCUGAACAACACGCGAGAUGCGAGCGUCAUGGACACGCUUCCGCUCAACGGCAACCAUGGCAACACCUACAGCGACUACCUCACAUAUGGCUCGUCCUCACCAACUACAUUGGAGAAGAAGAUCCUGAAGGAGCUGACAGCCAACUACGCAUCCACCUACCACCCCAACGCUAAGCUUGCCAACCACGUCGCCAACGGAGGCGUUCCUAGUCCGGCGGGUACGGCAGGCAUUAACCGCGAUGACGAGAACGCCGCCGCUGUUGCACUGGGGAUCUCCAGAGAGGAUGAAAACAACGCCCGCACAGCACUGAGCUUGGAGAUCAUCAGGGAGGAGUCUCAGGCACCUCUCCUCCCACCAAGACCUCCACCUCCAGACGGCCACCCGCCUUUACACACGUUCUCCGCCCACCGGCGCCUUCCGCAGGAGAAUAAUGAGAGUUUCUUCCCUCUGCUGAAGAAUGAGACGCACUCAUCUCAUGUGCUCAGAGACUCGUUAUACACCAGCAUGCCGACACUCACCGACCACCCGCAUGACGCCACUGACAUGAACAACAUCCGCGACGAGGACGACGACGAGGAGGAAGAUGAGGAGGAGGAAGAGGAGGAGGAGGAGGACGAGGAUGAGGAAGGGAGCGAGCUGCAUUUGUCCAAUGGGAAAGGAGUCAUGGCGGAGGGGGAUGAUGUAUACUACAAGAGCAUGCCUAAUCUGGGCUCGCGCAAUCACAUACAGGAACUGCAGAGCUAUUACCACAUGGGCCGCGGAGGAAGCGACGGGUUCAUCGCGCCGCCGGAAAAGGACGACUCGUCGCCCGAAGAGCAGCCGCAAGACCCCUCGCACUUGGUCACGAGCUUAUAGGCACAUACGCACACAACUUUGUGUGCGUGUUUGUAUGAGAUGCAAUGCACAAGGCACGGGAACCACUACCUACUGCACUGAUAAAUCCCUAGAGAAACUGAUAGCAGAUAGCUGCCCAAAAAAAAAACAAACAAAAAAAAAAACAA